AUGCAAAUAAAAGCACUCCGAUCUUCGUUUCCCUUAUGGCAAGGCAUAGAGUUCUUAAUACUAUAUUCUUCUUUGUGUGGCUGAGCAUAGGAAUUUGCUCGGCAGCAAGAACCCUCCUCAAUCUUGAUGUGGGCAGUGUUAGGCCAAAAUACGAUGCCGGCGGUCAUGGUGUUGUAGAUGUAAAAAGCUCCGGUUAUGCGGGGGGAGCUGAAGGUGGUGUAGAAGUCAGCGGAACGGGAUAUGGUGGGGGAGGAGGAGGUGGAAAAGGUGGCGGCUAUGAUGAGGUCGGGAACAACUAUGGGUACGGAAGUGGAGAGGGUGCUAGUGGGGGAUAUGGUGGUGGAGGGCAUGUUGGUG